AUGGCUGUGAAAUGGGGAAAUGGUGGGGGCCACAGUGCUGGCCAGAAUGCAAAACCAAAGCCCAAUGUCACCCCACCACCCUAUGCACCUCACAUUGUGAAUGGUCCUAGCCCAGCUUAUAUGCCUCUGAAUCCUGUCCCUCAGUCUUCAACAGCAGUAGCAACUCCUGUCUUCCAUCAGCACCUCACAGACUCCCAUUGCUUUGGUUUCAGUGGGCCAGCUCAACAGUCAGGUCACAUCAUGCCUCCUGGGAUGGAACCUGACCUUCAAGUGCUCAAUAAUCCUUAUAUCACUGCAAUUCAGGGAGACCAAGUUCCCAGUAAUACAUCUUGCCUGCCAACACCCCAUCCCAACUACCAGUCUCAGUUUAUUCCCCACCAGCCACCUGCUACCAUCCCUGACUCUUGUAUCAAUCCCUCCCUUGAUAGCUCACUCUCAUUGAGACAAACUUUGGCAACUGCUGAUAUUUGCCACAAGAGUUCAGAGAAGCUGUCAUCAGAGGGUUCCUCAAAAGAGGAGUUGGAGUCCUUGAGUAAUAACCCAUCAGAUGCAGAGGCUAGUGAGGUCUCUGGCAAUGAGUCUGACAAAGAUGAAGACAAUGCAUUUGGAUGGGGUGCAAUGAAUCUUAGGCAAUCAACUCAUCCUGGCAUGCAUCAGAGGUUAUUAUGGUAUUGGCUCAAUGUUCUUUGUUAG